CUCCGAGCAACAAAGCUGCCAUGGGUCUGGAGAAGUCCCUCAUCCUGUUUCCAUUGCUCGUCCUGGUGGUUGGAUGGGUCCAGCCUUCCUUGGGCAAGGAAACUUCUGCCAUGAAGUUCCAGCGACAGCAUGUGGACUCGGAUUCCUCCGGCAGCAGCCCCACCUACUGCAACCAAAUGAUGAAGAGGCGGGAAAUGACGAAGGACUUCUGCAAGCCUGUAAACACCUUCGUGCAUGAAUCCCUAGAGGACAUCCAGGCCGUCUGCUCCCAGGAAAACGUCAAAUGCAAGAACGGGCAGACUAACUGCUACAAGAGCCUCUCCACCCUGCACAUCACCGACUGCCGCCUGACGGGCAGCUCCAAGUACCCCAACUGCGAGUACAAAACCAGCCAGCUGCAGAAGCACAUCAUUGUGGCCUGCGAGGGGAACCCCUCCGUGCCGGUCCACUUCGAUGCUUCUGCAUAGGGUCCCACCUAGGCCAAACCAGCGAGAUGGCCCUGUCGCCCAUCCUCGUCCUGCCUCUCCUCUCUUUCAUUCUUUCCCGGAAGUAACCCCUGCCAGGGCUUCCAUAUGAGAAAAACAGGCUUCCCUCUCCCAUGCUCCACUCCUGGGACAAAUGAAGCAAGACAGCCCUCACCAGAACGUGGUGUCCCGUGAACCUGAGACUCCCUUGA